CCAAAGGUGACAGACAAUGGAGGUGGCUGAGGACAUAAAGCACUCCCUUCAGAAGAGUGGAAUAAGGAGGGACGUUGAUGUUUGCCAUCUCAGCCUCACCAAAAGAAAGCUCCCCGGCGUGCCUGACUUAUCAAGAUUUCACUUUCUGAGGGAGUUGUGGCUGAAUAACAACAAGAUCAGAGAGCUCAACUGUCGUUCCCUCAACUGCUGCUUGACUGAACUUUACCUCCACAAUAACAACAUCAAGUCUAUUUCUGGGGCCCUAAAUCAUCUGACCUGCCUCCGACUUCUUUUUCUCCACAACAACCAGAUCAGAGGGCUGGAGGACACGAUGCACGAGCUCAGGAAGAUGCAGCAGCUCCAAACUGCAACUUUUUUCCUCAAUCCCAUCUCCCAUGAGCCUGGGUAUCGCCACCAUGUGAUCCACUGCCUGCCAUCUAUCCGGGUUUUAGAUAGAAGAGAGGUGAAGUCAGCGGAGAGGAGGAGGUCCUUCCAGAUCUACAGCCAGGAGCGUCAUCGCGUCCUCCAGUCUGUGGGCUUCUGCAGACGAGCAAUGUAGUCCACAAGCUGAGAGCAAAUAUUCCUCAUACACGGUGCAAAAGUGUGCUCACGAUGCUUUAUAAUGAUCAGACAAAACACAUUACAGUCCAUAAGCAGUGUAAUCCAUAUAAAGGGGAACCCCCUAGUACAUCGAAGUCUGUUUGCAGGUGUUGGGGAAGUUGAAUAAAACCUCAUGUGGCUGCAAGUUGGAAAAUAAAA